ACACAAAACAAACCAAUGGGUGUGGUAACAGAGUCACAGUUCCAUGUUUUGGCGGUUGAUGAUAGUUUCUUUGAUCGGAAAAUGAUAGAGAGAUUGCUGCAAAAGUCUUCCUGUCAAGUAACUACAGUUGAUUCAGGCUCUAAAGCUCUCGAGUUUCUUGGUUUGAGAGAAAGCAAUCAGAGUGACGACCCAAAUGCUACCUCUACAUCACCUGAAGUUGAAAUAAAUCUUAUAAUUACAGAUUACUGUAUGCCUGGCAUGACUGGUUAUGAUUUGCUGAAGAGAGUUAAGGAAUCAGCUGCAUUUAGAAGCAUUCCCGUUGUAAUAAUGUCAUCUGAGAACAUUCCUGCUAGAAUCUCCAGAUGUCUGGAAGAAGGAGCUGAGGAGUUUUUCUUGAAACCAGUAAAGUUAGCUGAUCUCACCAAGUUGAAACUUCAUAUGAUGAAAACCAAGUUGAAGAAAGAAAGUGAAAAACCAGCAGAAGAAGUGAAACCGGAGAUAGAAGAAGAAGAAGAAUCGCCAGUGAUUGAAAUCUUGACUCUCCAUCAAGAACUUGAAUCCGAACAACAAGAACCAAUGUUGAUUAAUAAUAAGAGAAAAGCAAUGGAAGAAGUGAUAUCUACUGGUCGAUCACGUCCUAAAUACAAUGAUAUCACAACAUCAGUCUGACUGGUGUGAUCUGAUAAGUUUUUUCUCAAAACUUUGCCCAAAUGGCUCAAGAGAGAUCUGAUGUGGACAGUGGGUUGGAUCCAAAAAAAAUGGUCCAAAAUAGAUGUGUUAUUAAUAUUACUUGAUUACCUUUAAUGAAACAUGCAAUGUUAGUGAAGAAAUGGCCGACUAAGGUAAAAAGUACAAUAGAAUCCUGAUUUAAUAGUAUAGAUUUAUUGAUCGAACACUGACGUGUCACCUAACACUCUUCUAGCUGGCCAGAAAGAGACGGGGUGAAAGGUAUGGCGAUGUAUUAUUGGUCUGAAGAUCCCCGCAUGUGUCACGUGUGGAAUAUACAUUCAUAUUUCUCUCCUCCCUUCACUCUUCAUCCAAACAGAUCGAACUCGCGAAACUAAAGGUAGAAAUGGCUAUGCCUUUGGAAAUGGCAAUGUAUCUGACGAAGACCGUGUGGUUUGCUCUGAGCGGUUGGAUUUUCACGUGUUUGUGUAUCGCUGACGAAAUUGCUGGUUCUCUUAGAAACCGAGAAUCGUCCCUCUCCAUGUCGGAUGAUUGACUCAAGAUUCAAGAUUCUUCAUGCUUUCCAUGAACUAUCACCAUUUCCUCCUCAGAGAUUUGGUUUUUUUUUUUAAUGGCGAUGAGUCUAUAAACCCUAUAAUUGAAGGGUUUGUGUUUAUAAAGGAGGGAGAUAUAUAAGGUCAUUGUUUGCUCCAUGUAAAGUGGUGUUUGAUAUAUAUAUAUAUAUAUAAUACUUCUCAA